UACACCUUUAAUUCCGAUAUUGAUCUCAUAGACAAGAAGGUUACUGAAAUUAAUAAUUUAACCAAGAUAUGUGACAGUGAAUCGUGUUAUCAUUUUUCAGUGAUUAGAAAGAGUUAUCAUUUUCAGUGAUUGAAUUGCUUUGCUCUGCCGCCGAAAAAAUAUAUUUGGCUUCGUUGUUUGUUCAUUUCAUGUUUUGUUUUGAAUUAUCCGCCAGGAACAGGAACUGAAAUUGUUAAUUGUUGUUUUGUAUUAAUUUAUUGUAGAAUACUAUAUAUAUUUUGUGUCUAUUUUAAAUUGUUUUAACACAAAUCAUUGCAAUGUCCUCGGGAAGCGGUAAAUUGCCUUUGGAAACUCAAAUUGUACGCUUGGGCGAAAAACAUAACAUUUCACAACUUCAACUGCUAAUCGAGCAAACUUCUGCCAAACAGCUCACAACGAUACUAUCGAAUAAAUUGGGAAGAAAUGACUGUACCACACUAUGGAACUAUCUACUCCAGGGCUUUAACCCGAACAACCAUGAUUCGAGAGAAAAAAGAUUUGCCUGUGUGAAGUGUUUUCUCGAUGGCCUACUACGUGUGGAACUAACCUAUAAACAAAUGUAUGACUUAAUUACCCGCUUGUGUCAGGAUUUGAAUACCUUUCCUAGCGAUCAAUUAGUUGAAAUAUUGGAGCAUUGUAUAGAUGGUCUGCGUAUGGGCGAUCCAAAAUGUGUGGGUUGGAAAGACCUUUUGCCAGAGACAUUGAAUGUACUGGCCACAAUGCCUCAUUUCAAUGUCAAUGGAAUAACAAUGAGCGGUGCCGAAUAUCGUGAUACCACAGUGAAAAAUCUAUGUGCCAUGAAAUGGCCCAACGAGGUGAUGACACCCAUUGCCGAUAUGUUUAAAGAACUCCAUUUAACACCGGGUGAAACUCUUAAAGUUUUGAACAAAUUUUCUGGUUGUCUUCAAUCGAUGUCUCCCGAUGCAUUGCCUGCUUUAAGUUUCCAAUUGUUUUCUAUGUGCUCGACCGCAUCUCAAAUAAUUAUACCAAUCUUGGCACUUGAGAAAUACUUCCAUCGUUUUUAUUAUAAAAAGUUAUUUGACGAUAUGAGCAGCAAUUCCACUGAUUUUGAUAGUAUUGAUGCAUUUUCCGAUCGAGAAUUGCGUGAAGCUGAAGAAACCAUAUUGCAUCAUUUGAAUUACUGUACCCAAUACAAAAUCAGUGAAAUUCAAAUGUCCAUUGUACUAAGGAAUUUCUUGGCCAUGCCGGAUGUAAUUUUAACACCCUUUGUUAUAAGUGCCAUACUCUCAGUGUCCUCUGCAAAUCGUGAGCCCGAUUCGCGUCUUUCUUCUUCUGUGUUGUUGCCUUUUUUACGUAGUGUCAUUAGACACAAUCACGAUGAGAAUGUCCUGUCCGAAUAUUCAGUGUGGUGUCGUGAUAGUCUACAAAGAAAACAUGUCGAUUUGGAACAAAUCUUUACUGUGCUCAUCGAUCAAAAUAAAGAUGGCAAAGACACCAUCACCCCGGGUCUGGUAAACCUGGCCUUUGUUUUACUAAAAGCAAAAAAUAGUCCAGCUCUUAAUCAAUUGGCGAUUAAUUUCCUAACGAAAUUCAUUAGAAAGCGUUUUGUGUUUGGCCAGGGCAUUAUUAAAAAACUGGCCGAAUGGAUGGUUGUUGAACAGGAUCAGAAUCAAUUUUCAGAAUGUUUGACUGUGUUAAGUGUUGCCGAUACGUUUACAGUUUCGGAAUGCACAAAAACCAUAAACUAUGUCCUAGAUUACUUUUUGUGGUUGCCCGGAGAUCAAGCUUUACGAAUGAUGUCUUUCAUUUUACCAAUUUUAAAAAUAUCUGCCCUAGUUAGAGAUGCUUUAAUAGAAGUUCUACGUAAAGCAAUGUGUUCCAGCGAAAUGAAGACACGUCGUAUGGCUGUAUAUGGUUUUUGCAUGAUUUUGAAGCAGCUGAACAAUAGCAACUCGCAACGUUCACAAAUGAAUGCCUCUGGAAUGUGUACUCAACAUAGCAUAUCCGGCUUCUCGCUGAUGUCUCAACUGGGCAAUCGCGCUAAUCCACAGCGGCAUUUCGAUAUGUUAACUUUGGAAAUUAUUGGAGUGUUAAGAAAUUGUUUUACCCAAUCGUUGGACAUUAAAAUAUGUUUAUAUGAAAAUUUACAACGAGCUGUGGAUUUGAAUCCAAAAUUAGUACCGCACGUUUUGCAAUUUAUAGAUUGGCAUUUCCGAUCAUUUUUCGUUGCACCAAUUGAAGAGGAUGAAGACAAUCAAUUCUCCGUGAAAUUCGAGAAAAUUGUCUCUUCCAAAGAUUUGCAAGAGAAUGAAAUCGAAAUCCAUGAUAAUUUGGGACAACUUUUAAUAUUUGUCACUCAGUGUUUGGUUAUAUUUGAAAAAUACGAAACAGAGUAUGAUACGCGGGAGAUAAAACGUCUUAUCAAACUGUUACUGGAAAAGGUUAUUGGAAAGCACAUUAAGUUUGAAGAUAUGAAUGGUUCUCUAACACAUCUUAAGAAUGAGCUUAUAUUGCAACAAUUAAAUUUCAUAGAAGGUCUAAUGACAUACAGCCUUCUUACUUCAAAGCAAACCAAUGAUAACGUUAAACAUCUUCUACCCUUAUUCAAGCAACAUGAACAUUUAACGGAAGGCCUUAAGUCCUUAUCCAACAAAAAGGGUCCCAAGAAAAAUAAAGGUGAUAACGAUGUAACAAAUGUUACCAUCAAUGGAGUAUCAGUUAAAAAGAUCCAAUCCCAACCUGAGAAUAUAUGGGAUUUAAAUAUUAUUGAGAAGUUGCUACGGCUGUUGCAUGAGGAUAUUGUUCCAUUUGCUGCACGUCAUAAUACUGCACCUUUACGUUCCCAUGUUGCACUAGUACGUUAUGUACUAGAGGUAGCAGCUGCUAAAGUAGCACAAAUACGUUCUGAGCCAGCUUACAAGCAAUUAUCACACAGUAAACGUACUCUGAAAUAUGUUACCGAUAUUACUAAAGUCGUCUAUGAACGUUGCAUAAAACGUUUACCAGAUUUAUGGCGCAAUUUUGAUAUGCAAACAGCUUCCUUGGCUAUGGAAUGUUUCCGUCAAUGUUUGCAGACGGCCAAUGAAGUUUAUAAAUCAAAAUUUCAAUCAAUUUACAUUAGAGGAUUUGACUUCCAUACUCUUGAUAAGAGUAAAGAUGUUAUUUCCACUUUACAAGAUGUAAUGGAUGAAUUUAUGAAAGAGGAAUACUCCGAGGAGACAGAUCAAAAUGAAUCGCUACUGAGCGACACGAAUGGGCGUAAAAUUCCCCUUAACUUAUUUCUGAGUUUAGAAGUUUUGUACGAUAAUAUAUCCUUCGGCAGCCGUUUGACCAUAGAAUCGUAUAAUUGGUUGUUGAAAUUUUGCAAGUCCUAUGAAAUAAAAGAAAAAGAGUUGGGUGUCGUUCAUAAGUUGUUGUUUAAACAACGACAAAAGACCCAUUCUGGAGCAUUUUUUCAAGUUAUACCAGAGCAUUUGGGAAAAAUUUGGUCAUAUGUUAAAGAUGAUGAGGAGCAUGUGGAUCCCGGAACGCAAUCAAAUAUUCUAUUAAAAUCAAUAACCGAUGCAACAGCUGAGUCCUGUCUGCAAUAUUUGUACGAGACAUUACGAAAACAAAUUGAAGAUGUUGACUACUUUAUUAUCAAGGCCAAUAAUUUGGCCUAUAAGUGUCGUAUUGUACCCGAAGAUGAUCGAGAUUUUUGUUUGGCAUCUCUCAAGUCUCUUGAGAGAUCAAUAUCCAUGCAACUGGUGCACAUCUCAAACACUUUAUGUAAUCUAACAAAUGUUUGCAUACCUUUGGGCAACUCCAUGGAUGGUUUGAUGAAGCUUAUAAUGCAGCAUUAUAUCUGCUUGAAAAAUCUGACCAAACAUUUUCUGUCAUGUUGUUCCGGUGGCAUGAAUGUGUCAAUACGAGGAACAAAAUUUGAUUCAUUGCUUCAUGUGGUGGGUAAGCCGCUACCCUCAAAUAUUUAUGCUCUAAUCACCUACAUUGAGAGCAAUAUUUUGGAAGAUAAGUCAAAAAAGAAAUCCAAUCCCCAAGCAGAUAAGGCCAAAGUCUUGAGGGAAACUAAAUUCAUACCGAAAAUAAUUCUUUGCAUUGAGAAUUUUAAUAAACAUGUUAUACUGUUGGCCAAAAAGUCCAAUGAUCGUUUGGCCAAUUACUUACAUUUCGGUACGGUAAGAGAUUUUCGUAUAAAAACGUCGGAUCUUAAAGCGGCAAUUGAUCGGACAUUGUCACACAGCAGUCAAAUUGAGGCAUCAGAAAGUGGUGGUGAUGAGGAUGCUGAAGUACCUGUUUAUGAGGUUGAAGAUAAUAAUGAAACAAUACUCAAAGAAUUGGAGGAAGAUGCCAUUGCAUCACAAAGAGAGGCAGAUAAAGAAAACGAAGGUAAUGAGGAAGAAGAAGAGGCGUCCGAAGCCUCAUCGAGUCGAAGCAGAAGUUCAACUCCCACCAAUGUGAUUGGUAAAAGUAGGAAAUCACAAAAGAAAUCCGAUACAAAAACCCAAAAGAUAUCACAAGUAAAAGAAAAGGGGAAAUCGCAAAAGAAAACCACAGAAACCAAGGAUGAUGCGGAAAAGAAAGCUGCAACAUCAAAGAAGGGAAAGACAUCAGAAAAAUCAAAAUCUAAACCCAUGGAAAUCGACGAUGAAGGUGACAUAACAAUUAUCACACCAGAUGAUGCUGAAACAUUGGAACAUGAAAGCGAUCGAGAUUCUUGCACACAACUAAUGAAGAAUUUGGCUAAAAUCAAUGCCAAAACUGCCAAAAAGCGUUCGUUACGCGACUCAGAACAACAGGAAGAUCCUGAUGUUUUGUGUGCACCUCCGCUAGAACCGCUAUCGAAGAAAUCUAAACGCGGUCGUAAAGCGGGGAAAUAAAAUGUACAACUGUCUGUUUUGUUAAUUUUAAUUUGUAUUUUGUAUAUUUUUAAUCUGUGAAUCAAAAAAUGUAAAGAUGCAACAAUUUUAAU